CUCUCACACACACACACACACAGACACACACACACACACCCCACCUCCACACAGGAAUCAAACGGUGCCCGCUGGUGCUGCAGCCGCGUGUCGGUCGCUCUCCGCUGGAAGAAGCUUUCCCAGUCUGACGCUUCUACGUGUGUUCGGAUGCUGACGCGAUGUUUUCGGGAUUUUUAUUUUUUGGUGGGGGGGUGGGUUGGUGGAUGAUGUGAUUUUUUUUGUUCCCUCCUCUCUCUCCAGCUGAUGAGGACGCAACAGAAUCUGUGACGCGUAAAACUUUUUUUUUUUUUAUUUCCCGAGGAUGAGUGAGUGGAGGGGCUCCAGAGAAGGAGCUCUCCAAUGAGGCCCCCCGCGGCUCCUCUGGGUUCUGUUCGCUUCCUCCCGAGCUGCGGUUUGGAUGAAGUGUGUUUGUUGUGAUGCGCACCCCCCCCGCUCCCACUGACACCGCUUUGGAUUUCCCCGUUUGGAUCUGUGCGUUUCCAGGAUGCCUCGCUUCGCAGAAGACCUCCCCAGCCGCUAUGGAGGAGGCGCGGGCGGCGGCGGCGGAGGAGGAGGGAGAGGAGGACCGGGCGCGGGGAGAGGGGGAGCCCGGGGCGGCGGUGCCGGCGGCGGAGGCGCACCGGGCGGCCAGAGGAUGUACAAGCAGUCGAUGGCGCAGAGAGCCCGGACUAUGGCCAUUUACAACCCGAACCCUGUCAAACAGAACUGCUUCACGGUCAACCGCUCCCUGUUCAUCUUCCGGGAGGACAACCUCAUCAGGAAGUACGCCAAGCGCAUCACGGAGUGGCCUCCAUUUGAAUACAUGAUCCUGGCCACGAUCAUCGCCAACUGCAUCGUCCUGGCCCUGGAGCAGCAUCUACCGGCCAGCGACAAAACGCCCCUGUCCGAGCGUCUGGAUGACACAGAGCCCUACUUUAUUGGAAUAUUCUGUUUCGAGGCCGCCAUUAAGAUCAUCGCCCUGGGCUUCGCGUUCCACAAAGGCUCCUACCUCCGCAACGGCUGGAAUGUAAUGGACUUCGUGGUGGUCCUCACGGGAAUCUUGGCCACGGUGGGUUCAGACUUCGACCUGAGGACGCUGCGGGCGGUCCGAGUGCUGAGACCCCUGAAACUCGUAUCAGGAAUCCCAAGUCUCCAGGUGGUCCUGAAGUCCAUAAUGAAAGCCAUGGUUCCUCUGCUUCAGAUCGGCCUGCUGCUCUUCUUCGCCAUCGUCAUGUUCGCCAUCAUCGGGGUGGAGUUCUACAUGGGCAAGUUCCACACCACCUGCUUCAGGGUCGACACUGGUGAGAAAGCAGUGGAAUGGCCGUGUGGCCUGGAGCCUCCGGCCAGGACGUGUCCCAACGGCACCGAGUGCAGGGAGUACUGGACCGGACCCAACUUCGGCAUCACCAACUUCGACAACAUCCUGUUCGCGGUGCUCACCGUGUUCCAGUGCAUCACCAUGGAGGGCUGGGUGGAGAUCCUCUACAGCACCAACGAUGUGGCAGGAAACACCUGGAACUGGCUGUACUUCAUCCCUCUCAUCAUCAUCGGGUCUUUCUUCAUGCUCAACCUGGUGCUCGGUGUCCUGUCAGGAGAAUUUGCCAAAGAAAGAGAGCGUGUGGAGAAGAGGCAGGAGUUCCUGAAGCUCCGGAGGCAGCAGCAGAUCGAGCGGGAGCUGACCGGAUACUUGGAGUGGAUCUGCAAAGCGGAGGAGGUGUUGCUGGAGGAGGAGGAGGAGAUCGCAGAGGAGAAGUCUCCGCUGGACGGUGCGUGGUACAAGAGGAAACAAAACCUGCCAGUUCUGAAACGAGGCAAAGUCAAGAAAGGUAAAAACGACCUGAUCGGUGCCGAGGAGGGGGAGGAUCCUUUCGCCGACAUCUCCUCCGUCGCUCCUCCCGGCUCUCCGUUCGGCCGAGCCAGCGUGAAGAGCGGCGGCAAGAUGGACAGCUCCUCGUACUUCCGCCGCAAGGAGAAGAGGAUCCGCUUCUUCAUCCGACGCAUGGUGAAGGCCCAGAGCUUCUACUGGAUCGUCCUGUGUCUGGUGGGGCUCAACACGCUGUGUGUGGCCAUCGUGCACUACGACCAACCCGACUGGCUCACCAGGGCCCUGUACACAGCAGAGUUUGUGUUCCUGGGUUUGUUCCUGAGUGAGAUGACCUUGAAGAUGUAUGGCCUCGGAGCACGGAACUAUUUCCAUUCCUCCUUCAACUGCUUUGAUUUCGGGGUGAUCGUGGGAAGUAUCUUCGAGGUGAUCUGGGACAUGAUCAAACCCGGAGCGUCGUUUGGGAUCAGCGUGUUGAGAGCCCUGCGGCUGCUCCGGAUAUUCAAAGUCACCAAAUACUGGAACUCGCUGAGGAACCUGGUGGUUUCCCUCCUGAAUUCCAUGAAGUCCAUCAUCAGCUUGCUCUUCCUCCUCUUCCUCUUCAUCGUGGUCUUCGCUCUGCUGGGCAUGCAGCUCUUUGGAGGACAGUUUAACUUUGAAAAGGAGACGCCGACAACGAACUUUGAUACGUUCCCAGCCGCCAUCCUCACUGUGUUCCAGAUUCUGACCGGCGAGGACUGGAACGCCGUCAUGUACCACGGGAUCGAGUCUCAGGGAGGCGUGCGGCGCGGCAUGUUCUCGUCCGUCUACUUCAUCGUCCUCACGCUGUUUGGAAACUACACCCUCCUGAACGUCUUCUUGGCCAUCGCCGUCGACAACCUCGCCAACGCGCAGGAGCUGACGAAGGAUGAAGAGGAGCAGGAGGAGGCGGCCAACAAGAAGCUCGCCCUGCAGAAAGCUCUGGAGGUGAAGGAGGUCAGCCCGAUGUCGGCGGCCAACAUCUCCAUCGCUGCUUUUGUAAAGCAAAAUCGAGAUGCACUCUCUCGCAGGUCGUCCAUCAACAGCAUUCAGUCACUCAAGGAGCAGCAGCGCUCAGCCAAGAGCAUGUCGGUGUGGGAGCAGAGGACCAAUCAGCUGAGGAGACACAACGUCAGGUCGAGCACCGAGGCCCUGUUCAACGAGCUGGACCCCGAGGAGCGCCUCCGCAUGUCCUCCGCCCUGCACCUCCACCCGGACAUGAAGACCCACCUGGACCGGCCGCUGGUGGUGGAGGCCAGGAACGGCGACAAGCCCAGCAGGCCUCCCGAAGGAGGGGGACGGGAUGAGGCGGGGAGUCCCCGGCAGGACGGGACGGGAGACAACUUCCACGCUCACCCCAGGAAGCAUCACCGCCACCGCGACAGAAACGGCGACGGGGGCGACGGCAGGGGGGGGCGGCACCACACCCAUCACAGCAGGAGCAGGGACCACAAGGCCGACCAGACGAAAGAGAGGAGGGCGGAGAGGAGCCACAGCCACGAGGGGGGGCAGGGACACAGGCACCACCACCAGGCCGGCUCCCCCGAGGAGGAGAACAAUGACAUGCAGGGAGGAGGAGAGGAAAGAGGGCAUCGCCAUCACCAUUCCCAUCGUCCACCCAAAGAGGGGAACGGGACGAUAGCGAACGGAGCACAGGGAGAGCGGAAGGGCCGAGGAGGAGGAGGAGGAGGAGGAGGAGGAGGAGGAGGAGAUAGUAAUGGAGAGAGGAAGGGGCGCUGCUCUCGGAUGGUCAGAGCUCAGUCGACAAUGGAUGGAGACGACUGCAAGAGGAACAGAAACGGAGCCCGAGGCCACAGAGAGAAGCAGCCAGAUGCCGAGGACAGCGGCCUCGCCUCCAGUCCCCUGCAGCUCAUGCACAGCAGCCUGAGUCUGGGGGAGAAGCAAGAGGACGCCGACAACCAGAAGAACUCCACCAGGGCGAGUCAGGCGGGCCUCAACAGCAGCAACGCCAUCCACAUCCCCGUCACCGUCACAUCGCCGCCCGGGGAGACCGCCAUCAUUCCCAUGAACAGCAUCGACUGUGACAACGUUCAAAUCAGCGACGAGAAGAAAGAUCUGGAGGAAGAGGAGGCGGCUAAUGGGCCUCGGCAGAUCCUCCCCUACAGCUCCAUGUUCGUCUUCGGGCAAACGAAUCCGGUGCGGCGGCUGUGUCACUACGUGGUCAACCUGCGCUACUUCGAGAUGUGCAUCCUGAUGGUCAUCACCAUGAGCAGCAUCGCUCUGGCAGCCGAGGACCCGGUGCAGGCCAACGCGCCGCGCAACAACGUUCUGAAGUAUCUGGAUUACGUCUUCACUGGAGUCUUCACGUUUGAGAUGGUGAUUAAGAUGAUUGACUUGGGGCUGCUGCUCCACCCUGGCGCGUAUUUCCGUGACCUGUGGAACAUCCUGGACUUCAUCGUGGUCAGCGGAGCUCUGGUGGCCUUCGCCUGCUCGAGCCUCAUGGGAUCCCAGCAAAGCGUGGCCAGAGGGACCAAAGGCAAGGACAUCAACACCAUCAAGUCCCUCCGGGUCCUGCGGGUCCUGCGGCCACUCAAGACCAUUAAGCGUCUGCCCAAGCUGAAGGCCGUGUUCGACUGUGUCGUGAACUCCCUGAAGAACGUCCUGAACAUCCUCAUCGUCUACAUGCUCUUCAUGUUCAUCUUCGCCGUCAUCGCCGUGCAGCUCUUCAAGGGAAAGUUCUUCUACUGCACCGACGAGUCCAAGGGUCUGGAGAAAGACUGCAGGGGUCAGUUUCUGGACUAUGGCCGGGAUGGCGUGGCAGCUCAGCCCCGAGAGUGGAAGAAGUACGAGUUCCACUACGACAACGUUCUCUGGGCCUUCCUGACGCUCUUCACCGUCUCCACCGGAGAAGGCUGGCCCAUGGUCCUGAAACACUCCGUGGACGCCACCUACGAGGACCAGGGCCCCAGCCCGGGCUUCCGCAUGGAGACGUCCAUCUUCUACGUGGUCUACUUCGUGGUCUUCCCCUUCUUCUUCGUCAACAUCUUCGUGGCUCUGAUCAUCAUCACGUUCCAGGAGCAGGGAGACAAGGCCAUGUCGGAGUGCAGCCUGGAGAAGAACGAGCGAGCUUGUAUCGACUUCGCCAUCAACGCCAAACCGCUGACGAGGUACAUGCCAGCGAACAAGCUGUCCUUCCAGUACAAGAUGUGGAAGUUUGUGGUGUCGCCGCCGUUCGAGUACGCCAUCAUGACUUUAAUCGCCCUCAACACGGUCGUGCUGAUGAUGAAGUUCUACGGAGCUCCAGACCUGUACGAGUCGAUGCUGAAGUACUUAAACAUCCUCUUCACGGCGCUCUUCACCCUGGAGUGCAUCCUCAAGAUCAUUGCCUUCGGCCCUCUGAACUACCUGAAAGCAGCGUGGAACGUGUUCGACUUUGUGACCGUGCUCGGGAGCAUCACAGACAUCCUGGUCACAGAGGUGAAGACGGACAAGAUGAUCAACCUGAGUUUCCUGCGACUGUUCCGAGCCGCUCGUCUCAUCAAGCUGCUGCGACAGGGCUACACCAUCCGCAUCCUGCUGUGGACCUUCGUCCAGUCCUUCAAGGCUCUGCCGUACGUCUGCCUCCUCAUCGCCAUGCUCUUCUUCAUCUACGCCAUCAUCGGAAUGCAGGUGUUUGGAAACAUCGAGCUGAAUGAAGACACCGCCAUCGAUCACCACAACAACUUCCAGACAUUUUUCCAGGCGCUGACGCUUCUCUUCAGGAGUGCGACGGGCGAGGCGUGGCAUGAGAUCAUGUUGUCGUGUCUCAGUAACCGGCCGUGUGAUAGACUCUCAGGAACUGUGGGGAAGGAGUGUGGCAGCGACUUCGCCUACUUCUACUUCGUCUCCUUCAUCUUCCUCUGCUCCUUCCUGAUGUUGAACCUCUUUGUCGCCGUCAUCAUGGACAACUUCGAGUACCUAACCAGGGACGCCUCGAUCCUGGGGCCGCAUCACCUCGACGAGUUCAUCCGUGUGUGGGCGGAGUACGACCCGGCUGCGUGCGGGAGGACUUGCUAUCAGGAUAUGUACAAAUUGUUGCGUUUUAUCUCUCCUCCUCUGGGUCUGGGGAAGAAGUGCCCGAACAGGGUGGCCUAUAAGCGCCUGGUGAGGAUGAACAUGCCCAUCGCCGAUGACAACACGGUUCACUUCACCUCCACGCUCAUGGCCCUGAUCCGCACAGCCCUGGAGAUCAAGCUGGCAUCUGGGGUCCUGGCGCAGCGUUUGUGCGACGCUGACCUGAAGAGGGAGCUGAACCGGGUUUGGCCGAACCUGUCGCAGAAGACCGUCGACGUGCUGGUGACACCGCACAAGUACAACGAGCUGACGGUGGGGAAAGUUUACGCCGCUUUCAUGAUCUUCGACUACUACAAACAGAACCGAGCCAAGCGACUGCAGCAGCAGCAGCAUCCUGCAGGAGGCGCUCAGAGUAAAAUGGGGACGUUGUUCCGUCCUGUGCUGCCGCUCACUCACAUACAGGAAGUAGAACCUCGGAUCUGCAGCCCCAAACAGCCCCUCCCUCCCCAGCCUGAGCCGGAACGGACGCCAGAGGCCCCGCCCAUUACCGCCAUCACCACCGCCACGUCCGCCACGUCGAUAAACAGGGACGCAAUAUUAAACCAGCGGAGCGGCAUCAAACACUCGCAGUCCGGGGACGUUUCUCAGGCGGCGCCGAGGCCCAGAGGUCUGAGGAAGCUGCAGAGGGGUCAGUCGGAGGAUGUUCCGUAUUACACCAGACCUCAGGAGUUGGUGGAGCUGAAGCAGGUGGAGGACCUCUCCGACUCGGAGGGAUAUCCCAGCCUGGAGGGCCACUACCGAGCGGCUUCUCUCCCCCGACUCAACGCCGAGUACUACCGGAGCCACCCUCGCCACGCCCCUGGGACCCACCUGGCACCGAUUGUCGACCUCAGUCCCAUAAGGCGCUCGGCGUCCUCGCUGACGCCGCAGCUCUACCAUGAGGACGGGCUGAGUGAGUACGACCUGGAGCGGCUUGGCCUGGCUCAGGCCUCGACGGGUCAGGACCGAGCCCACCACCAUCACCACCACCACCGCUGCCAUCGACGCAGGGACAAGGACAAGGACAAGAAGCAGAAGUCGCUGGACAGGACCGCGUCGGUUCAACCGUCCAGCACCGUCGAUUCGUUCACCGACCCUUCAGCCGAAGGUUUGUCCAGAGAGCGAGCGAGGGAGCGGGACCGCAGCCGGCCUCACGAGCGCAGACACCACUCCUCCGCCGGAGAGAAGCAGCGCUACUACUCCUGUGAGCGUUACGGCAGCAGGGAGCAGUGCCACGCCCGGUCGGCCGGUCCCAGCCGAUCCACGUCACCCGGUGAGGGUCAGGACGCCGGUUUGCUCAAACAGUAUGGCAGCAACGUGGGCAAAGCGGGCGCUGGGACGCUCCCCUCUGGUUCCAGCACGCCGGGCCGUAGUCGCAGGCAGCUGCCCCAGACGCCCCUCACCCCUCGUCCUGCCGUGACCUACAAGACCGCCAACUCCUCACCUCUCCCGUCCGGUGCCAGCAACUCCACGAAAGGGCACCAGACUCGCUUCAGCCGUGGCCUUUCAGAGCACGACCGCUUAUACGUGGACCACAACGAGUCCCCGAUACCGGUCACACGCAUUGGUUCGGACCCUUAUUUAAACCGGCAGCUGCAGGACGCUUCUCGACAGGCCCUCCUUGAGGAGAGGGAGGACUUGCAGGACCCCGUGAGCAGCCACGGGUCAGGGGCCCGCUCUGCCAGAACCACUGCCUCAACCACAGCCUCUGCUUCACACGGAACUGCCGCCGCGGCCGGCACCAUGCCCGUCACGCAGGCCCGGGCGGCAGUGGUGCCAAACGGGUUCCACUUCACCCUCGGGGUCAGCUCGGUGUCCGGGCCUGGGAGCAGAGGGACGGGAAGUCUCAGGGAGAGGGAGGACGAGGACUGGUGCUAACCUGGUGGAACACUUUGGAGCGAUGUCGGAGCUGUAAAGUGCUGGUGCCGGGUCCGGAGGGUCGAUACCGAGGGAAAACGCCAGAGGAAAGUGCUGUAAAAGGGGAUCAGAAAUCAUUCCAGCUUUGUAGUGUUACUCCCCUUUUUUAUAUAUCAACAAAAGACUCUGAGGACGUUUUGUACCCCCCUUGACUUGCACUGAAAUCAUAGCACAUGUGAAGACCCUUAAGUAUUUUUGCCUUGGCCAGUAAAAUCAGUGUUGGAGCAGAAGACAAAAGCCAAAUUUCCCUUAUUCUACAAAAAAACUACAAACUCAUUCCUGGUGUCAACAACGUUCUUAUCGUUAUUGUUCGUUUUGUUUUGUUUACGUUUGCCAUGUCGGUUCGACAAGAGUUAAAACUUGAUCAUAUUGAUGCUACCACCAAAUUAUGUUCCUUUUUAUUUCUUCUUCUUCAGCUGUUCAGGGUUUUGACCAAUUCUGACGUCAAGAGCCAAUUUAUUUCGGUCUUAAAUUUCCAACACUUAAUGGACCCGGUAAUUAAUGUGACAGAAAUCACAGGGAUCGGUGAGAGUACAAGUAGAGCCGAGUUUUUAACGAUCCCGUUUUUUGGGGGGUAAAUCGAACCAGAUGUAGAUUUCUGGAGCGCACGGUGUAGGGACUAGAUCAUUUUCUGACUUCAUGUGGCUGAAAACCAAGUGCCUCGUUUUCCCAGGUGGACUGGGGCGCCGCCUGGCUGUGGGAUGAGGUGAGAGCGACGUACGCGGCCGAGAAACAAGCGGACGGAACAAAGCUGCUUGUUGUUUGAAUCUGGUUUUAAAGGACAGAAUGCAAAAAAAAAAAAAAACACUAACAAAACACUUUUUUGUACUAAAAAAAACGUUGUGGUAGGUAAAUCAGAUGCAAAGUAAGCAAUGUAGUGCAUGCAGGGUCUUGAACAUGUCAAAAAAAUAGUGUCUGUACUUUUGCUUCGGGAUGUGUGGUAAGUAUUUGCCUUUCUCUUUCAAACACGCUGCCACGACGUUGGUAGAAAUCGUCUCUAAAUCGAGGAAAGUGCCAUUUUUUUCUGAUUAAUAAUAAUAAUAAUAAUAAUCCAGUAUAUGUCACCUCUGCCAUAUUUGCCCCAGAUCCCACGGGUUUCCCUUCUCCUUCUCACCUCUUUCCAACGAGAGCAGUAUUGUGCGGGGGUUUGUCGGCGACGGCAAAGAGUUGUGUUGUUGCUGCUGACUGUUGACUUCACGUAGGGCUAUGCAACAAGACGACACUUCAUCUGCCCUGUAGCUUUAACCCGCUGGAAUCUCCAGGUUCAGGCUUUAGUGCGACUGUGACCAAAUUUUACAUUUUAACGUGUGAAGAGUUGUAAAUUGUAAAUAUUUCAUAUGUGAUGUACAGAAAAACACACAAACUCGUAUGGAAGCUCACGCGUGUUUUUGAGGUUGGAAGGUUGACUGCAUGACGCCGGAUAGAACCGCCCCAGAUAUAAAGCUGUGUUCUCUCCAGACUUGGGUCUAGUUGUGUUUUUAAAUAAUUAUCACUGGAUUCUGAAGCUCGUCAACGGAACCAGAUGUCAGGUUUUUGGGUCGAGUCACAAAAGGAUGAAACUGAACCAGCUGCAAACAGAUGCUACUGCCAGACCAGAGGCUGCACUUCUGCCAGAUGUCGUUCCGCUAAUGACCGUUAGCUUGUCAGGCUAACGCGACACAUUCCCACCUGGCACGACAACGUACAGUAUCUGCUUCAAGGAUGAGCUUUCUAAUAUUCUGUAGAGGGGAGGAGAGAGACACACCUCCACUUCCUGCCGCCAUCCAGAAAUGAAGCCAAAAUGUCCUGCAUAUGGACGUCCCACUGAGACACCUGAUCGACCAAUCACAGCUCAGUCUCAUUUGUCAAUCAGGACAUUUCACCACGUUUCUAAUAGCAUCAAAUAACUGAUUAAAACCAAACUUACUGGAACAUAUAAAUAAUUACCUAAACAGACAGAAACCACCUUUUGAGUAAAGUUUAUUUAACUGUGUGAUCUACCCUCUAAAAUCGAGGAGGCCUAUACUGCAGCCAGCCACCAGGGGGCGAUCAAAACAAUUUGCCGUAACCUUUGAGGAGCAGAACUCCAUGAACUGAUUUUAAUUAAAUUUUGGCCAAGUUAACAAUUCAAACAUUAUUAGUGCAAGUUUGACAUUUUUUUACAUGAAACAUUUUUUAUUUGAUCAUUUCUCAAAUAUUUGAGAGUUUUAAAGAUAUUUAUUUUUUUACAUCUGUUCAGAGAUAAUCUAUCGUUGUUUGUAAAUUUUGAUCAAAGUACAGAUUAGAUUAACCUGAUGUCUUGAUGCUCAUAUUCUCCCGGUUUAUCUCUGAGUAGGUUAAAGAACACGUGAAUUAUUUGCAAAUAUGAUUAGAUCCAAAUCUGAUUAGUUCCCUGAUGUUUUAAUUUACUUCCUGUGGUCUCAUAUCUGUGCAACACAUGUGAUGGAUCAUCUAAACCGAGACGUUUGAGACUUUGAAGCAGGCGGCUCGUAGCGUUUCUGUGAACUAAGACUGGAACACAGAUUCUCGUUGUGCAUUAAUUUAAAAAAAAAACUGAUUCUACAUUUUCAACGAGCCCGAUAAUAAACAAGUCCUCUCACAAGGUGCACGGUGGCUCCCCCUUCUGGACAUGUCCUGUUUGCAUGUUCUGAGAUGAAAAUGUGCAUGUCAUAAAAAAAAAAAGAAAAAGAGGCAUUGUUCAAACUUCAUUAAGUCCACGAUUUGUACGAUUUGUUUCCUGGUUGUGUUUUUUCUGCUUCUCUAAACACACAAGUAUCAGUUUCAGGUUUUAAGAAGAAAAAAAAAAAGACAAACACAAGCUUGAAUACGAUUUUACGACAGAACCUCCAAAGUGGAAACGAGGCUCUUUCCCCGAGGGGAGAGUCCGACCGAGUCCUUCGCUGCCUGAUCUGUUGACUGUCUCUCCCACGGUCACUUUGACUGGACCUAUAGAUUUUGUAUGAAUAUAAGUCCUUGAAUAAAGAGGUAUUAUGAAAUGA